AUGGAUUUCCAACCUCUUGAUUAUUUGAACGAUUUGAACUUGGUAAUAAAUUCACCUGUGGUUGGUGAUAACACCAAUAGUACUAGCCCUAACGGAGGUGCUUCUGCUGAUUUAGCCAUGUUUAGCCAUUCAGACUUUUUUGACUUUGAUGUCUUGGGUCAAGAUAAUAUAGUGCCUAUUAAACCAUCGGUUACUACUCAAAGCAACGAGAGUAACUCUACUACCAAUAAUACAUUUCAAUUUGAAAGUGAAACUGAUUCAUAUCAAGUUUCUCAAUACCCUGAAUCUGCAACUACAGUAUCCAGCAUGGAGCAAAACACAUAUAACCAAAGCCAAUACGUGAAAAUUGAACCACAAGAAGAAACCUUUUUGGCUUCAGUUUCUAAUUUGAGUGCUGCUCCUACAGCCGUUGCCACACCUAUUAACGAUAAUGGAGAAUUUGGGAUUUCUUCUGUUGGAGAAGCAAAGUUUUCUGCCAUUCAUGCUGCAAAUGAAGAUAAACGUAAACGUAAUACUGCUGCUAGUGCACGUUUUAGAAUUAAGAAGAAGUUGAAGGAACAGCAAAUGGAGCAACGCACGAAGGAAUUACAAGAUCGGGUUCAACUUUUAGAAAAGAAGUUGCGUACGUUGGAGAUGGAAAACCGUUGUUUGAAGUCUUUGGUUGCUCAAAAGAGUGAAAAGAAGAGUACAGAUUUGGUUGAAUCCAUUAAGCAAAGAUCACUCCAAACCACGUCAGAACCUGUUUUCCAAUUUACCUAA